AUGCCCAGCGCCACGGGUCAGAACUGGGAGAAGUACCAGAAGAAGUUUGCCGAUGACGAGGUUGAGGAGAAGAAGAUCACUCCUUUGUCCGAUGAAGAUAUCCAGGUGCUAAAGACAUACGGCGCCGCUCCCUAUGCCGCCGCCCUCAAGAAGCUCGAGAAGGAGAUCAAGGAUCACCCUCACAGGNAGUCAGACACCGGUCUCGCCCCUCCGCAUCUCUGGGAUAUCGCCGCCGACAGACAACGCAUGUCAGAGGAACAGCCACUUCAAGUCGCCCGCUGCACAAAGAUCAUUGCCGACGAGAACGAGGAGAAGAGCAAAUAUGUCAUCAACGUAAAGCAAAUAGCAAAAUUCGUCGUCAACCUCGGCGAGCGUGUCUCCNCCACCGAUAUCGAGGAAGGCAUGAGAGUAGNNGGUAAUGUCGACCGCAACAAGUACCAGAUCAUGCUCCCCCUGCCACCCAAGAUCGAUCCCUCGGUCACCAUGAUGACAGUCGAAGACAAGCCCGACGUUACCUAUGGCGAUGUUGGUGGUUGCAAGGAGCAGAUUGAGAAGCUACGUGAAGUUGUCGAAAUGCCCCUUCUGUCACCGGAGCGCUUCGUCCAUCUCGGUAUCGACCCUCCCAAGGGUGCUCUUCUCUACGGUCCUCCCGGUACUGGUAAAACUCUCUGCGCCAGAGCUGUCGCCAACCGAACAGACGCUACCUUCAUCCGUGUUAUCGGUUCCGAGCUGGUGCAGAAGUACGUUGGUGAGGGUGCUCGCAUGGUGCGUGAGCUCUUCGAGAUGGCCCGUACAAAGAAGGCCUGUAUCAUUUUCUUCGACGAAAUUGAUGCUGUUGGUGGUGCUCGUUUCGAUGACGGCGCUGGUGGUGACAACGAGGUACAACGUACUAUGCUUGAGCUUAUCACUCAACUCGACGGUUUCGAUGCUCGUGGAAACAUCAAGGUCAUGUUCGCUACCAACCGUCCUUCUACUCUCGACCCUGCGCUCAUGCGUCCCGGACGUAUCGACCGUAAGAUUGAGUUCUCCUUGCCCGACAUGGAAGGUCGUGCCAACAUUUUGCGCAUCCACGCAAAGAGUAUGAGUGUCGAGCGCGACAUCAGAUGGGAGCUUAUUUCUCGCCUAUGCCCUAACUCAACUGGUGCCGAAUUGCGAUCCGUCGCAACCGAGGCCGGUAUGUUCGCCAUUCGUGCCCGCAGAAAGAUCGCUACCGAGAAGGACUUCCUCAGCGCUGUCGAGAAGGUCAUUCGUGGUGGUCUCAAAUUCAACUCCACUGCCGCCUAUGCGCAAUACAACUAG